AUGUCUGUUCACACUGACCUGCGGUCGUCGUCCCCAGUGACGACCCCCCAAUUAUCCGAUAUCCAGUCUUGCUCUCGCCAGUCGAAUCUGCUGCCGUCUCUGACCGGUCUGAGCUCUCCUUCCGCUAAAGACGACUAUAGAUGGAAGAGUCUUCGAAUCGAGGUACCUACAUCUCCUCCCCGGGAUAGACCUACUUCAAUGAAAAGCCCCGUGUCUGCCAAUCCUUCCCAAUUGGCUGACCCGAUAGACAUUUCCCCACUGGGUCUGUUCAAUAUAGGCAGCAUCACCCAGCUACCGACCCCUGUUUUGAAUAACGGUCUGUUUGCACAGUCUAAGAUCACUUUACCAAAAAGGGGCCAGCUUCACGAUUCUCCCUCUAGCGCAUCCCAGCGGGCUGUGUCAGAAUUCAAGCCUGGAUCCUUCAUUAGACGCGCCGAGACUCCAAACCCACCAUCUUCUAGUAACAGGCAUGUGUCCAACCCUUCCCUGCUUGAUGAUGAUGCGUCCUCAAUUCCGCUGCCGCCGUUGGACCGCGACCAAGGCCAGCUUGUGGGUAAGAUCAUAGAGGCUCCGAGACUCCACAAGCUGUACGUCUUUGAUGAAGUGGUUGGACGCGGCACGUUCAGCACAGUGGUCCGUGCUCAUUCCUUGUCAAGCCUAGAUGAUGUCAUCGCUGUCAAGAUUGUGAACGUCCCUACUCAUUCCAAAGAAGAUAUCUCUAACUUCCGCCUGUACAUUUGCCGGGAGCUCGGUAUCUUAACUCACCUAAACCACCCAUGUAUUGUGGGUCUUCUAGACUACUCGGUAAACCUUUCAAUCACGCAGGACGAAGUUGACCAGGUUGUAUCGGGAAAACACCAAGACGCUCCGGCUGGCUCCGACAUGUACGACUUUUACAAUGUCAAGAUGCAAAACAAGCAAUACUUCCUACUCAGGUAUUGCGAGGGAGGUAAUUUGUUCACUUGGUUAUAUAAGAAUCAUCGGAAUCUCAGUCGAUCAGACUACUUCUGGCAUUUAAUGCAACGAGUUGUGGCCGAACUCAUUGUUUGCGUUGCCUUCUUACACAGCCAUGACGUUGUGCAUCGCGACCUCAAACUCGAGAAUGUGCUUUUGAAUUUCGACGAGGCUGACGUGACUAACGGAUUUCUUCCCCAAAACCAGACCUCGCCGCUUUGCACAUUGACAGACUUUGGCCUUUCCAAAAAGCUCGCCCUGCCUAACCAGCUACUUUCAACCAAGUGUGGUUCGCAAGACUAUGUGAGUCCCGAGCUUCUUAUGGGGCUAGAGUAUGACGGUAAACUCCUUGAUUCGUGGUCGCUUGGAGUUCUUAUCUAUGCCAUUUUGGAAGAUAGACUCCCCUUCGACGCUCCGCCUCUCGAAUUCAUGUCAAAUUCGGCCAUUUCUCCCUCAGUCUUGAAGCGCCGGCGCAAGAGACACAAUCCUGCUCAUAGAAUCGCUAUGAUUGAUUGGGAGUGGCUUCGAACGGCUGCUGCGAUGAAGGACGAUACAUUUACAGACCAGUCCAAGCUGAUCAUGAAGGAUCUCAUGAGUGUCGUUGAUGUCUUGCUUGUUCGUAAGGACAGGCGCUUGACUGUAACGCAAGUCUUGACUGAUGAUAGAUUCCAGUGGAUCAAGGGCCAAGUGCCCGCUUCUUUCCUUGAGCACACGCAUUAA